AGAGAAAAGUCAAGGAUUUACGAAAAUGGAAAGAAAAGGGUGUGUGGUCUGAGUCUAAAGACUACACAUCCAUCCAUAGCUACGAAGAUCUUCUUUGUUCUGCUCUCAGAAUCUUCCUAGCUAGGGUUUCUGUAAAUUUUCCAGCUUUCGUGUAGCGCUGGUUUGUUCUGUUCGUUUUGUAAAUCCGUUCUGGUUUGAUCUGGUGUUUUAUUUCAACAAAACCCUGAUAAGUUUUUUUUUUGUAGUUUCUGUUUUGUUCUGGAUUCUCUCACCUUCUGGUUUGGAACUAGUUUUCCAGUCGUUACUUCUCGAGCCAAAGAAGCAUUAGUGUUUUUGGAAAUUUCACUAGAGCUUGUUUUUUCUGGUCAUUUAUAGAGGACAUGGUGAGAGGGAAGAUUCAGAUGAAGCGAAUCGAAAAUACGACGAGUCGGCAAGUCACCUUCUCGAAGCGUCGACACGGGCUGCUAAAGAAGGCCUUCGAGCUUUCCGUUCUUUGCGAGGCCGAAGUCACCGUGAUCGUAUUUUCCCAGAAAGGCAGGCUCUAUGAGUUUUCGAGCUCUGACAUUGAAGAGGUGAUAGCACGAUACCUUAACCAGGUAAAAGGUGGGCAAAACAACAACAUUGCAGUGCAACAAUACAUGCAGCAAUUGAUGCGUGGCAGUGCAAGCAUGACAAAGCAGAUUGAGCUUCUUGAUGCUUCUCAAAGGAAGCUUUUGGGAUAUGGUUUAAGUUCGUGUACUUCUGAGGAACUUCAAGAGAUCGAGAGCCAGCUGGUGCGAAGCUUAUCCCGUAUCAGGGCAAAAAAGGCUCAGUUAUGGAUGGAUGAAAUAGAGCAUCAAAAAGAGAAGGAGAGGCUUCUGUUAGAGGAAAAUGCAAGGUUAAUCGAAAAGUUACCAGCUCAAGGGAAAUAUAUUGUACCCUACAGAAGCCAAAGUAGCCAAGUUUCAGACAGAGAUCAUGUGGAGACUGAAUUGUUCAUCGGACUGCCAGAAAUGCGCUGCUCAUGAAAGAAGUUUCGGCAUCUGCUCUUGAUGAUCAUGUUCUCCCAAAAAUUUGAAGAUUAAUUCUCGAAAUAAGAGGAAAUAAUAAACAAAUGCAUUGUGUGAUUGUAUAAACAGCUUGUUCAUCACAUAUUUGUCCAUGUCAAGUUCAUAAUUAAUAGUACUGUUGCGUUCUAUAUAUCAUAUGAUUUCAGUACUGUAAGUAAUAAUAUAUUAAUCGAGGGAAUCACCAAUCUGUAAUAAUUUUCAUUCAUUAUGUUAAUUAUUAAUCUUAGUGCUGAUUGAGACAAA